AUGCGCUUCCGCGGGACCCUGACCAAGGACGCGCUAGCCGUACUGCUCGAUGUAGCGCAAUCCCUCACCCGUCUAAGCUCUCCCAGCAGCACAGCAACCAACUGCGUAUUCAACUUAACACCCGAAACACUCUCAAUCGCGCUCAAAAAUGGUGGCGCCGAGGAGCUCCAGAGCUUUUCACGAUUACCGAUGGCGCGGCUCUUUCACGAUGUCGUCGUGCAGUCUCGAGCCGAGAAUCGCAUUGGAUUUCUAUGUGACGUGCGCCAUCUUCAGCAAGCGCUGAACUCUGGUAAAGGUGCCAGCGCCGUGAUGCUGCGGCUCUUGAAACGAGACGGUAGCAACUAUUUGUGCCUAAGGAUGAGGGCCGUGGACAUUGAUAUCGUGCAGAGCAUCCCCAUCAAGGUGGUGGCCAUGAGUACGCUGGAGCAGUAUAGAGAGCCAAGUGUACCGGCACCGCAGAUUGCAAUUGAGAUGCCGCCGCUGAGAGCGUUGCGCACCAUUGUAGAUCGCAUAAAGGUCAUGCACAAGACGUUGACGGUCGAAGCCAGUGCCGCUGGAACGCUCAUCUUGCGUAUCGAUACUCAUCCACUUACACUGCAGACACUGUUUGCACACUUGAGGUAUCGCGAUGAUCUGGUGGGUGCAAAUGAGGAAGAGGAUCGAAAAGAAGAAGAAGAAGACGAGAGGCAAAGACAACAGCGCUCGUCGAGUGUCACAGUCGACAGUAAAGUGCUCAGCAAAGCAAUUUUGCUGGACGGCCAAUCGACGCUCUCGGUGCUAUGCUGUGUCACGGAGAAUAAAGCGAUGGUGUUGCACGCCAUACUUGCGGAUGCGUUUGGGUCAUUUACGUGCUAUAUUCCAGUGCUGACACCCGAUUAUUGA